ACCUUCUAUAUAUAUAAUAUAAUACUACUCAUCGAUAUGCCUAGCUAUAAUACCGAAGAACCAUCAGUGGAAUUUCUGCUAGGAGCUUAGAUCCAGAAACUCAAGUACUUAAGCUAGCUUCACAUCCAUCCCUGGUCAUUCGCUUUAGUUGGUUGCAGCAGCGGGGUAGGUACGUAGUGCAGUUUUCAAGUUUAAUCAAUUCAAUUCUUUGAUUUCUGUUGGCAUUGAGUGCACGUACGUACAUUUCUAUUUUGAUGCUGACUGAAAAUAAUGCAGUUUUGUUAUUCUUAUCGAUCAGUAGAAGAAAUGGCGCUCAAUGACCCCAAUAACUGUUGUUAUUUCCUGUUGAUGGUUUUUGGAAGUAAAUUGUUGUUUUUGGUGAUAGUCAUUCCGCAAUUUAGACCUGUAAUGGCGUCGAUAGUUAUGAUGUGGUUAAUAAUCGCGAUUGUGCUAGUGCCUUUGGUUGGCUCACUUGGCUACUUGGAGAGGAUAACCUGGCCAUCACGGAAACAAAUGUUUGUGGUAUCAUGUAUUGCGGUCGCAUUCGAUCCUUUGUUCUUAUACAUCCCAAUUGUGGAUGAGAAUAACAAAUGCCUUGGAAUAGAUAAGAAGUUGAGGAUUGCAGCUCUUGUGCUGCGCUCACUUACAGAUAUCCCUUCCGAGAUUCAUAUUAUACACCAAAUUCGUAGGGUUGCCGCCAUGAAAGAGGUAGAACCUGCGUGGUGGAUGGACCCUGUAGAAUUGCAGAAAUUGCAAAAGGAAAGGAGGUUCAAAAUCCGGAGGAUUUGUGUCCACAUUGCUAUUUAUUUUCUCGCUGUACUUCCCAUUCCACAGGUUACGAUAUUAGUUAUCUUUUCAAGAAUGAGAGAUUCCAUUGUAUAUACAAGAACACCCAUACUCGCUUACCUUGUUUUACAAUAUCUGGUAAGGGCUUACCAAAUCUAUCAAUCAUGUAUGAAAUUUAAAAGGGUCAGAAGAAGGAUCAAAGCCGCAUUCAAUUUUUUGUUGUACAUCCUUGCUGCUCAUGUGCUUGGAGCAUUUUGGUAUUUCACUUCUAUUGAACGAGAGACAUCAUGUUGGCAACAAGCUUGCAAAAAUAUUCCAGGAUGUAGACAUGCUUAUGAUUGCAGCAAUACAAGUGCUUCCACAAAUAUUGCAUUCCUCAAUGAAUCAUGUCCAAUAAAUCCAUCAAAUACUACACUAUUUGAUUUUGGAAUAUUCCUCGGUGCUCUACAGUCUGGUAAUACAGGACGACUAGGAUUUUUAACGAAGUACUCUUACACUUUCUGGUGGGGAAUUAGAAAUCUAAGUAAUUUUGGGACGAAUCUGGAACCAAGUAGCUACGUAUGGGAAAGCUGUUUUGCAAUCAUUGUUUGUGUUAUCGGCCUGCUACUAUUUAUGUAUCUUAUUGGAAAUGUGCAGACAUAUAUACAGAUGGAAACUCAAAAAUCGCUGUUGAUUGAGGACGAUAUGAUCAAGACAAAAUAUCAAGAUAUAGAUACGUGGAUGUCGGACACUGGUCUCCCUGAGGAUAUGAAGAUCAAAAUCACAGAACACCUAAAAGAAUAUAACGCAGUGGAAAAACACCUCGAUGAUGAUGUGGAUAUAAAAUUUCUGCUCUCUCGUGCUCCCACAGGGUUGACAAAUUCUUUCAAGGAGCAUCUCUGCAUAAAUGCCCUAAAGAAAGUAACCAUGUUGCACAAUAUGUCUGAAGUUGCUUUGAGGAUGAUGUGCGCCUAUGCCAAGCCACAAAUUUACCAUAAGAAUAGCUACGUUUUCAGGAAAGGAAAGCCUCUUGAUACGAUGAUCAUCAUCAUAAAAGGCACAAUUAUAUGUAGCAAUGCUGAAGAAUUAAACUCCUCAUCAGUGAACACCGAGCCACGCAUUCGCCAGAAAGGUGAUUGUUAUGGAGAAAAACUUCUGGAUUGGAAACCAACAGAUCAAUGCCCUAAUCCAAUGUCUGGGCAAGAUGUCCUAUGCCAAACAAAAGUAGAAGCCCUUGUUGUCAGGGACGAGUCAGAAAUGAAAGAUGUCAUAUACUACUGGAGAAGGAGACAGUGGGACCAGAACUCAACUCCUCGGUUGGACUUGACGAAGACGGAAAAAAAAAUUGAGAAGAUACUAAACCAGAUGUAUGAAGAGUUGAGAACUACAAAGAUCGAGGAUGAGGAGUUAAUACAAAAGACUGAAAAGAGGAAUAUCAUGUUCAAAGAGAAAGCUAUACUUGAGUGGGUGUCAAGAAAUGAUCUCCCUGAGAACCUGAAGACAGAAAUCAUGACGAACAUGAAAGUAGGUAACGAAGUGGGAAUAAACAAAGAUGCUGAUGUCGAUGUGAAGUGGCUACUCUCUACUGAUAUUCCGGAACAUAUCGAUAUAUCGAUAAGGAAGCACCUCUGCAUGAAGACACUAAAGAGAGUACCCAUUCUUGAAAAUAUGGAUGAAGACGUGCUAAUGGCGAUCUGCAAACAUCUUGAGCCAGUGGUCUACACCGAGAAUAACUACCUUUGUCGAACAGGUGACCGACUUGAGUUUAUGCUUAUUAUUAUAGAUGGCAUAUUCGUAUGGACCAACAGGCAUGGUGAUGCUGCAACAAGUUCCUCACCAUUGACCACCAGGGGUAUUGUGAAAGGUGAUUUCUGUGGAGAAGACAUAUUAAGUUGGGCAUCACCGAACAACUUCUUUUCUGCUCCUGCUCCUGCUCCGAUCUGGAGCAGAGAUAUCAAGUGUCAAAAAAAAGUGGAAGCAUUUGCUCUCACGGCCGAGAACUUGAGGCAGGUAGUCUCUGAAAAUAAAAUCAAGUGGGAUCAGAGUUUCAGCAAUUGUGCCGGUGAGUUCACUUCUGGUACUACUGAGCAUAGAGCACUGGAACAGAUUACCCAGGUUCAAGGUGACAUGCUUCGUGAGCUGGUUCUUGUUCGAGAGAGCAUGCUCCAGUUUCGUGAUGAUAUGGCUACUCAGGCACGGAGACUAGAUGAAAUGACAGAGUUUUUAGCAAAAUCAGGAUAUCCAGGAACACCUCCUCCUGCACCCUGAAGGAUAUCGAUUAUCCUGGAGGCUCCUACAUUUUGUUGAUUUUAUAUCUGGAAACUGAUGUAGCUCAUAUUACCCGCAUGGAUUGUGAAUAUGUUUUUAUGAUCCAUAUGCAGUUAUUUAAGGAACUUCGAUCUACAAUAUAUACUUACAUGUAUGACGUAUACACAGAAUCUAGCAAUGUGUAAGUCAUAGGUAAUCUUUCUUUGUCAUCACUGACUGUCAGAUCUCUAUGAGCAUAGCACACCUAUGUGUAUAAUAGAAUUUUUGCUUAUUCAAUAGUUUGAGAUAGGACACUUGAUUCUGUACUCGAUUAAUUCACCUUUACAUACUCAA